AUGUCAGACAUACCGAACAGCAGCGACAACACGAGCUCGAUCAUGGACGAAGACGUGCGGACCGCCUACGACGCAAAACUCGAGGAGCUCCUGGCAGAACGACUCGAGCGGAUAAUGCACAAUAAUUUCCGCUCAGGCGCCAGCAUCGCCAGUUUGAUCAUGAACCACCUCGAAAUCGGCAUGGAUCAUUAUACUCUGCUCCACUACCUUGAACGGUCGGUGCGGUUGACGAACAGAGCCUCCGAGAUCGAAGAUAUUGUGCUCUGGCUCUUUACAAAAGCGCAGUAUGAAGCGUUCAACGCCACGCUGGCUGAUGCUCUUCCGUUUGCAAUUGCGCCUGCAGAAGUGGAGAGCACUGUCUGCAAGCCAGACCUCGAGUGCGUCCUGGUUUCCACCUGGGAUCAGGACAUCAAUUGCCCGCUUCCUGAACAGCGCCGCUCCCACUCUGACCAGCACAAGCGAAGCGCAUCUACGGCAUCAUCGGACGGGUCGUCUGAAUCCGAGGAGGGGGAUAUGCUCAUAGCGGAGGAAGAAUUUUGA